CCUCUCCCGAACCAUGAGGCGGGCACAGUGGCGGGGGUGUUGGUGGACGAGUUCUUUGCCCGGUUUGGUGUGCCGCACGAGUUGCACUCCGACCAAGGGAGGGAGUUUGAGUCGGCCGUGUUCCGGGAGUGCUGUAGCUUGCUGGGCAUUAAAAAGACUCGUACCACACCCCUACGGCCUCAGUCAGAUGGCAUGGUGGAACGCUACAACCGCACCCUAGGUCAGGAGUUGGCAAAGUAUUGCCAGGAGGGACAGGAGGAUUGGGACUUGAAAAUCCCCCUGGUACUGAUGGCUUACCGCUCGGCCGAACACGAGGUGACUGGGUACACGCCCGCGCGGCUGAUGUGUGGACGGGAGUUCCGGCUGCCAUUGGAUCUGGUGACUGGCAGGCCGCCGGACGAGGAGAUGCCCAAUACAGUCACCCCCUACGCUAUCGCCCUCCAGGACCGUCUCCAGCAAGUACACCAUCAGGUGAGGGCUAACCUGAAGGUGUCGGGCGAGACGAUGAAAGACCGGUACGAUCGGCGGGCCAAGUCACCACCUUUCAAGGAGGGGGACAAAGUGUGGUUGCACAACCCUCGGAGGAAGAAAGGGUUGUCUCCCAAGCUCCAGAGUCCCUGGGAGGGGCCCUACGACGUGGAACGGGUCCUUUCUGACGUCACAUUCCGCAUACGCCAGGGGCCUUACAGGCGUGCCAUGGUGGUGCACGCGGACCGGCUCUGGCGGUACCACGGUCCCGGGGUCUUCUCCUGGGAGGAGGAAGCUUCGCUGGCGGGCAGCGAGGAGGAGGAGGAAGCGGACCUGGGGCUGGGGGUCGAGGAGCCCCUGGUGACGGAGGAUGAGGAGGACCUGGACCCGAGGGAACCGGAGCCCAUGGUGUUGGAGGAGGACGCGGGCGAGGAGGUGUGUCCCCUGGACGGAGCAUCUGCAGGAGGUAGUCUUGGGCCGGAGGUAAGGAGGCCCAGGAGGGAGCGGAGUCUCCCCGGUUGGAUGGAUGACUUUGUUUGUGACUGAGCACAUGUUUAGUUGAGUUUACUUUAUUUGGGCGGGAUGUGUGUUUUCUUUUUUUGGGGAGCGAGGACGCUCCAUCUUUCACAGGAGGAGGUGAUGUUACGGCUGCCUGAGGUUCCCGCCAGGAAGUGACGUCACCGAGCGGGAAGGCCUGUGAUUGGGGCGCGCACGAGGGCCUUGGGGGACGCCGGCAGGCAGUUGGAUUCGAACCUCGGUCGGGACCUGAGGCUCGUAGCGUGGCGGUGCACGGACCCCCUUGGAGAAAGUGCCUGGAAUUGGCGGUGUUUGGGUUUGUGGACCUUAUUAGAGGGUUUCGACGGUCAACAAGUGGCCGGACCCCGGUGGAACAGUGUGGGAACUGUGACAAAGGAAAUAAACCACGUUAAACCGGCGGAUAGUGUUUCUCUGAGCCCGCUGAAGUGGAAGGGGUUUGCUUCUCCACAGUAAAGUGCACUGGUAGCCAGAGGCUGGAUUUCACGCACGCUGUCGCUCUCGGAUGGAACACAGGGUGGCACACACGCCUGGGAGUCGCACCUCAGGGGACCAAGGACCUGGAAGUAACGUGAGUAGCCCAUCCAGACGUUGGACGCCAGCCACAAGGAGCGGUGAGUCUCCUGGGGACGCUGACGGCCGGGGUUUUCGGGCGCCUGGGUAAGGUUACAGGAAGGUUACAAUAUCAUCUGGUCCCGCUGCCUUGCCAUCCUUCUGUGUCUCACCACCAUUCCUACAGAGCUCAUAGGGGAUAUAUAUCAUCUGGUCCCCCUGCGUCUCACCACCAUUCCUACAGAGUUCAUAGGGGAUAUAUAUCAUCUUGCCCCGCUGCCUUGCCAUAUCCUUCUGUGUCUCACCACCAUUCCUACAGAGCUCAUAGGGGAUAUCAUCUGGUCCCGCUGCCUUGCCAUCUUUCUGUGUCUCACCACCAUUCCUACAGAGCUCAUAGGGGAUAUAUAUCAUCUGGUCCCGCUGCCUUGCCAUCCUUCUGUGUCUCAAUACACCUCACAGCUUCCUCCCUACUUCAUUCAGCUCAGUUAAUUGCAUCUUUCCUCUCCAUGGAAUUGGAUUCAAUUGAAUUGGAUUAUUUAGUAUUGUUGCAGACAUGGUUACAGCCGCUUCUCUCACAUUCAUGUCCUCACCCACUCCUCCUGUUUCCUCCCCAAAAGCCUAAUAAAUAGUUUUGAAGUUAUUUAAGUUACUCUGAUGCGUUUGGAGGCAAUAGAUAAGGAGGAAGUGUUGGCGUCGAGGUAAAUAUUGUUAGGCCCGCCGCCCUUCCUGCCUCCCGCCUGUGCCUGCCUCCCGCCGUGUUGGGGAAUGGCUGCACCUUUUUGUGAAUGUCUCGCUGGGAACGCCGGGAAGCCUGGCAUGGCGGGCAGGAGCAGGAACAGCAGGGACGGGGCCAGCAGGAGAAGGAGGAGCAGAGGUGAGAGGAGACUCCUGGCCGGCUGCGGCAGGAAAGGUGUGCACAGGCCAACUCUAGAGGAUCUGCUGGGCAGUGACACCCUCAGCCCUCCAGUGUACACAGACUUUCCUACAGAAGUCUGGACAGCUUGACAGAAUCUAGCCCCCACCCGGGGACCCAUCUUCACUACAACCACAGCAGCAAGCAACCUGUGCUGGCGUGGUCCCAUGGCCUAACCAGCCCCCUAAAACACUCAAGAAGAAGAAGAAGUGUGUGUUUUGAGAGAUGAUAAUAGUCUCAAUAAUAGUCUUCGAUGCACUUAUUCUCAAACAUCGUAGUCUGCGGGCCGUGGGAGUCACGUGUCACCCUCCCGAGCUGCCGGUCUUGGUGGUGCCCAGGCUGGAACACUCCCCUUCCCCGCCCAGUGUUGUGGCAACCUGAGGAGGCACUGUGCUGACUUCAGUCCCCUGGUCCCAGCCUCCUCCUCCACGCAGCAGCGUCAGAGCCGAGACACUGCUGAGACCACCACUGGCAUUGACCACUGUGGUCAGUCUCCACACUCCAGGGAAAGUUUGCUGCUGCAAGGUAGGCGCCUCUGAGCUCUGUACACCUGAGCUAACUGAGGUACUUGCCACCUUCCAUUUGGUACAGUUGAAACAAGUGUUCUCCUGAACUAAAGUUUGUUUCUUCAGCCCAGAACUUCACUGCUUAACCCUUAAACGACAGGCAUUGUUUUCACUGAAGGCUCCCUGGAUGCAGGUAAAAACAGCUAUUUUUUUGUUGUUUAUUCACAUUGUG